AUGGAGGAAGUUAUAGCAGUUUGUGGCCAGUGGUUACUAGAGAAGGAAAGGUGGAUGUUUCACGUUGAUAAGAGAAGAGGAAGCAAAGUUAUUCCUGUAACUGACAAUACAACCUUCGAAGAUAUGAUAAACAUGGUUUAUGAGGACUACAGGUUAGAUAAGAGACGUAUUUGUAUCGAGUUGAGUUACAUGCUCAGUAGGAAGAGUUUGUUGAAGCUAACUCUUGACACACCACCAGUGAGAAUUGGGAAUUUCCGUCAAUUACAAGGUUUCUUUCGUCACCUGAAGUCUGACCACGUUCGGCUAUGCGUGGAGGUCACUUGCAGAGUCAAUAGGAAGACGAUGGAAAAGAGCACUCAUGGAGGUGUCGUGAAUCAAUCUGAUCAUAGUCCUGCUGAAGACUCAGACACCGACGGAGAGCGGUUUGACUAUUGUGAUGAUUCAGAUGGUGCGACAUCAGAUGAUGAGGACUUUAUAGCCUACGGAGUACCUCCAGGAGUAGAUAUAAAUACGAGGAAAUGGCACACACCAAAGGUGGGGCUAGCAACUACAUUGAAAAAAACAAAGGCUGUAACUACGCAUGUCAGACAACAAUUGAGUUCACUAAAUAUAGUUGUUGGCCAAAGUUUUGAGUCCAAGUUUGCAUUGAAAACAAGACUUCAGAUGCUGACGGUAGUGCAACAAUUUGAUUACGAUGUCGACUACUCAACACCUGAUCUGUUAGUAGUAAAGUGUUGGGUUAGAGGUUGUAGUUGGAAAUUAAGAGCAUCACCAACAAGUGAUAGUCCUCACUUUACUGUACGCGGCUAUGUUUCAGAACAUACUUGUUCAGUUACAGAAAGAUCAGCUCGUUGCAGACAAGCAACACCAGAGAUUCUUGGAGCUUUAUACACUGAAUUCAUUGGUGGAGUGGAGCCAAGCAUUUUGCCCAGUCAUGUGAUGCAGUCGCUUAACAUGUGCUUUGGAAUAAAGAUUGACUACUGGAAAGCUCAUCGGACGCUGCAAUAUGCAAGAGAAUUGGUUAGGGAAUCUGCUGAGAGUGGAUAUCAUGAUUUACCUGCUUAUCUACACAUGAUUAGGGAGGCAAAUCCUGGGACAUUCACUCGCAAGGAGUUUACCCGUUGUAAGACUUUUAGAAGCAAUAAGACAAAUGAUGACGCGCUGGUUUUCGACUCGGAAGAAUGA